AGUACAAAUAUAAGUGUUAAUGAAAACGGCCAACGGAAAAAUACUGUGCAAUAUACGUUAGGCCUGAAUCCAAUUAAGAAAGAAAACGUUUCGCUCGAUGGUAUAGGCUUCCCCGCAAUCUUUCCGCCCAUUUCUGCGCUGUCAGUGAUGUCGGAGAGCGGCUGCAGCGCGCAUCCCUUAUGCCUUCUCACCCCCCGUCGAGAGAAGAAUGAGGACCGGAUCCACCCUCCAUCGCUAUCGGAAUACCCCCGUGCACAUUGUUGUGUAACUAGCUAAACUAGGCAGACACGGAAAGAACUCUGGGGUUUGAAUUCCGGGAGAUAUGGGAAAUAAAUGGAUUAGAAUUAGACAAUCGAUGCAGAGUUAACAUUUUCUAUGUGACACUAUGGCCAAGCAGUAUGAUGUACUGUUCCGGCUGCUGCUUCUCGGGGAUUCUGGGGUUGGGAAGACCUGUUUGUUGUGCAGAUUUACGGACAGUGAAUUUCAUUCUUCUCAUAUUUCCACAAUUGGAGUUGAUUUCAAAAUGAAGACAUUGGAUAUGGAUGGAAUCAGAGUAAGAAUACAGAUAUGGGAUACUGCUGGCCAGGAGCGAUACCAGACUAUCACAAAGCAGUACUACAGACGAGCACAAGGAAUCUUCUUGGUGUAUGACAUCACCAGUGAGCGCUCCUUCCAGCACAUUAUGAAGUGGGUCAGUGAUGUGGACGAGUAUGCUCCAGAUAAGGUACAGAAGAUCCUCAUUGGGAACAAAUCAGAUGAGGAGCAGAAGAGACAGGUGGAUACAGAGCAGGGUGACAAGCUUGCAAAGACCUAUGGAAUGGACUUCUUUGAGACAAGUGCCUGUACCAACCACAACAUUAAGGAGUCAUUUUUCCGGUUGACGGAGCUCGUCCUGCAGGCCAAUAAGAAGGAGCUGGACAUCCUGCGGGUGUCCAUUAAGGAGGAGCUCAGUAUUGCCGACAUGGAGGAGGAUGAGGGUGUCAACAACGGCAGCAGGAGCACCCAGAAGGCCUGCUGGUGUUAGGCUGUGAGACGUUCCUCUGCAACAGCCGCUCAAAAUACCUCCCAAAUGACAGCCCCUCCAAACCUCUUCAUUUUAAUACUGUCCCCAUUACCGUUAU